UGAAAGGGACUUUGGUCACACAAAUUCUAUAAAAAAUAAGAGAUUUGUCACUUGGGAUUUGCAAUGCAGAACUAGAUUAUGCACAGUUGUUUACAUUUUGGACGAUGCUCAUGUAAAUUGUAAGCCAACUUGGUCGCAGAUUAACCCAAAUUUGCACUUCAAGGCAUCUAAAAAUUGCAAACAAAGGAGUUUGCUACUUGUUUGUGUAUUUGUGUGGGCAGCGCGAGAAUUAAGAAAACAUCAAUCAAAGCAAUGGUGGGGAUUAUCGAUGAAGCACAACUGUUUUAUCCACUCGGUUCCCGAAUAAAAAUAGCCAAUAACUAUGGCACUGUUCGCUAUGUAGGAGAGGUAAGCGGACACACGGGCACCUGGCUAGGCAUCGAGUGGGAUGACGGCAUGCGAGGAAAGCACAACGGUAUUGUAAAUGGGAAGCGCUACUUUUGGACUCAGAUGCCAAUGGCGGGAAGCUUUAUUCGUCCGGGGAAGCUAGGACCUUGCGCUACGCUCGAGGACGCUGCUCGAGAGCGGUACCUGAACUACGACUCCAGCAAUGUCGACGCUUCGCUUAUUCGGGAGGCUCAGGCUAAUUUGCAGGCGUCGCUCUUUGAAGUCGUUGGAAUGGACAAAAUUGCUCGCAAACAAAGCAAGUUUGAACAGUUGUCUGAGGUCAGCGUGGACGAGACGCCAGUGAACGCUGCAGGGUAUUUAAAGGGAUUCACGCAGCUUACCACGCUAAACGUCAGCCACACUCUCAUUUGGAAUUGGGACAUAGUGGCGAGCAUAGCCCGUCAGCUACCGUCUCUGAGUAACCUGAAUCUAAGCUGCAAUCGAUUGGUAAUACCGUCGUCCCCACAAAUCGCAGAUCUGGAGCCUUCCUUCAAGAAUCUUAAACGCAUAAACCUACGAAGGUGCGGCUUUUCUGACUGGAAGGACGUUAUGCAGACGGCUCUUUUAUGGCCGGAUAUUGUAUCGUUGGGUCUACAGGAAAAUUCCUUUAGUCAACUGGCUGUGGUUGAUCGGCAAAAAAUUUUUCGACAACUUCAAGAGCUUGAUCUCCACCGCACGAAUAUUAUGGACUUUGACCAAGUUGUGAAGUUGGGCAAUAUUGACACUCUGCGAUCCCUGAACCUCAUGGAAAACGGCAUUGAAGAAAUAAAGUUGCCGGACUGUGAUCCUCUAACUAAACUCAAUAUUUUUAUGUCAUUGGAGCAGCUCAACUUGUCGCAUAAUCCCAUUUGGAAUGAGGCUAAUGCAUUUAAUGAGCUGGAUAAACUUCCACAACUGAGACGUUUAAGCAAGACGCCGCAUUUGAAGUCAAAUUUCGAUGAGAUGGUUUCGAAGGCUGUCGCUAGUAUAUCGGGCCUUCAGUUUAUCAAUAAGGCAGAAGUGACGGCAGAGGAGCGUCGUGGCGCAGAGUAUGAUAUUUGGAAAAAAUAUGCUGUUGAUUGGAUGCAGGCGAACCUUCAGGGAUCGGAGGCCUUGCGGGACUUUUGUCGAAAGCAUCGAACCUAUUCUUUGCUUGUUAAGAAAUACGGCUCUCCGGCAGACUUUGCGGCAAUCGCUCCAGCCAAGCAAUCGAAUUUGAUUAAGGUCCUUAUAAAUUAUCAAUUGACGGGAGAGACUUGGGAGAAAAAAGUACCGCGUAUGAUUACCGUACAGACGCUUCAGGGAUUGGUUAUGAAGCGAUUUCGACUCAGCGGUAACGUUCCACAGCUAUCUUAUGUAGAUGCCAAGCAUCCAGAUCUGGUAGUUCCGCUGGACAAUAAUGCUAAAACCCUCGACUUUUAUUCUGUCCAAGAGCAUGACACAGUUUUGGUCCAGUAACAACGGCUCUGGAAAAGGGUAACUGUCUUUCCCUGUAUCGUAUUCCGUGGUAUUUUAGUUUAAGGCAAUGUAAAUUAAAAAUUUCCUGUUAAAUUCAAAA